UACCGAACCAGAGAAAAGAUUGUGGAGAGAGAAGUUCAGGUUACACUCACAGUUAAUAUGACGAACACAACGGAGGGCAAUGAAACUGUUAUCACAGAGAUACAAAAAUUCCCGGAACUGAUCGAUGUUGGAACUGGGAAACCCAAUGUUCUAGGGAUUGUCAUGUUCGCCAUCCUUUUUGGUGUCAUGCUGGGCAGAAUGGGCGAGAGAGGCAAGCCUAUCUUGGAGUUCUGUGACUGUCUCGUAGAGGUCACUAUGAAACUUUUCACAGUCUUUUUGUGGUACUCGCCAGUUGGCAUCGCUUUCUUGAUUGCAGCCAAAAUUGUGGGAAUGGAGGAUUUCACAGUUUUGCUAGGGAAGGUUGGCAUGUACUUUAUUACAGUCCUCAUCGGACUGGCCAUACACGGCUCCAUCGUUCUUCCCUUCCUUUACUUCAUCACUGUCAGGAAAAAUCCAUAUACUUUCAUUUAUGGGAUAUCACAAGCCUUGGCCACAGCGUUUGGAACGUCAUCCAGCUCAGCGACAAUGCCUGUGACACUGAGGUGCCUGGAACACAACAAUCACGUGGACACACGAGUUGCCUCGUUCGUCAUCCCCGUGGGCGCCACCAUUAACAUGGAUGGCACUGCACUGUACGAGGCAGUGGCGGCUCUCUUUAUCGCCCAAGUCAACAACCGAGACAUGAACUUUGGACAAAUUAUAACCAUCAGCAUCACAGCUACUGCGGCUUCAGUAGGCGCUGCUGGAGUACCUCAAGCCGGAUUGGUUACCAUGGUGAUAGUUUUGGCUGCUGUGGGCCUUCCUAUUGAUGACGUCACGUUGAUUUUGGUUGUUGACUGGUUCUUGGACCGGUUCCGCACAAUGACAAAUGUGAUGGGAGACAGCCUGGGAGCCGGAAUUGUCAACCACUAUUCAGUAGAUGAAAUGCCGCCUCUGGAACAUGAAAUGCACGAUCUGGACUCAGGCAAGGUUCCUAACGGACAGCAGGACACGACGCCAGUCUAA